AUGAAUCACAAACACAGCAGCACAGUGGCCAUCAGUUCAGAUAAAAGUAUGGUUAGUGAUAAGGUGGCUCAUCACAUUACGCAUCGCGUUUGCCAUCCCAGCUGGAGCAUCCCGUUGAAACACCGAAACGUCAUUGGUUGCGGUCUGGCAGAAGUAGUGCUGGCCAUCGAUCGUUAUGCGGCGAUGUUGGCGCGACGCGAAAUCACAUAUGCAAAGGCCUGCUGGGCGGUGCUUGUGGACAGCAAAGCCGAUGUGCAGCCGUUUUUACGCUGUAGUGCGGUGGCCAUCGAGAAGGAACUUCUCGCUGCGACGGCGGCACACGAAGCUCUGACUGCCGCGAUGGGCGAUCCCUUGCGACGACCAUUUAUUAGGCUGGUAGAUUACCCCGUUCUCGCUCACUGGUAA